CUGAAAUAACAUGAUGUGGAUGGGAGGGGAUCCCACAGGAAAACAAUUUUAUACCAUACAUUCAAUGCAUUUACCGUUAUGAUUCCAUGGUAUUUGCUAAAAUUCUACGCCCAAAGGCACUUAAAGUUUUCAACAGCAUGUUUUGUUCUAGUACUGGCGAAUAUAUUAUUUUACAACCUUUUCCAUGUGUUUUUCAUCUUCUGGGCAUUUGCUGGAGGUCUGGUGUUGGCAUACAGCUUUCUCAGCCCCGAUUCUGUACUACCUAACCUGCUGCCUCCAUACUCAAGGAAGUCAAGGAAGUAUCUUGAAGAUGAUGAGCUGACUUUGAUGAAAACUGUGUGCACAGUAUGUGGCUUGAAGAGAUGUCCCAGACACAGACCAGAGCUCAACAUUUUAGCAUUCCAACCAUGGACAAAUCUUGACAUUCGACAAAAGGUUGAUGAGGCUCUGGAUGAGCUCUUCACCAUUGUCCUAAAAGAGUAUGUUUACACCUGGUACAGGGACUUGAGUGAAGAUGAGGAGUUUGUUGAUGAGCUGAGGACCAACUUCAGAUUCCUGGCAUCUGUGAUGUUCAGAAGAAUGAAAAAGGUUGAUGUUCCUGAACUGGUAACUCAGAGAGUAUUCCCUGCUAUAAUGAAGCACAUAGACAUCUGCUUGCAAGCUUACAAGAAAGAGGGAUGCAAGGGAGAUAUGCAGAAGGUUGUGCUGGAAUAUCUCGGUUCCAACGUUCACUGUGCUAUGUGGAGCCGUAAAGCUGAGCUAGAGUACUUGCGCCGACUUGUAGAGUCACUUUUUCCAUAUAUACUUCGACCGCAAGCUCUGAAUUCCAGCAUCUGCUUCACUGAAACUGAUGAUUAUGACACUGACACUUUCGUCCCUGUUCUGAAGAGCACAUGUGCUCUUGUAAGAGAGCUCAUAGCUGGCUCUGUGUUGCUACCUGCUAUGGAUGCCAUUGGAAAUCCUGAUCUGUUGAACAAUUUGGCGCUUAUAUUCUUUGACAACACUCCGCCACCAGAAGCCACAGAACCGCCCUCUCCCAUGGUGCCAUUCCUGGGUCAGUUCAGCCAGGCGAAAGCUCGUAAUGAGUCGUGUCUACGUUAUGAGCUGAAAGAUGUCAUCAACCCCGAUCGGCAAGAACUGCUCUAUCCUUUCAUGCAGUUCUUGAAAAGUGAAGCAGCUAUCAACGUUUUGCAGUUUUGUCUGGCUUGUGAUGACUUUAACCGUCGCAUAUUGAGCCCUGACGUGUCUCAGAGUGAGUUUGUGGAGCUGCACAUGACGGCCAAGGACCUGUACAAAAGCUACUGUGCUCCAAAUGCCUUAGACAGAAUCAAGUUUGAUGAUGAUGUAGUAGAAACCUUGAGAGAAGUUGUUGAAGGCCCACCAGAUCAAGUGAUUCGUUUGCGGACUUCCACACCACUGUUCAAAGCCUAUGAGCAUGCCUACAACCUGUUGGAAAACAACUUCCUACCCAUGUUCCAUCAGAGUGAUGAUUAUUACAGCAUGAUCUGUGGAGGACGACCAAACUCGGCUUUGUCUCGACAAAUGUCAAGUUCUUUCGGGACAAAGAGUAACAGCCUUAGGCAGCCAAAGAAAAAAGAUUUUUCUCUUGCCCAGUUUAGAAGCAAACUGAAAGAUGUCUUCCGUUCAUCUGAGGAAAAACUUGCCAGUUUUGAUUCAGAUCCUGAUACUAUGUCUCUGAAUUCCUUGAAUUCAUCUUUGAUACUGGAUGAAGAGCUGGAGGAUCCAGUGUCAGAGGGUGACUGGUCAAUGAACGACCUGAGUUCCUGGCGUGUGACCAUCCCCAGGAUCGGGGCGAGACCCGACCUGGAGAACCCUCGGAAACAGUACUUUGUGUUUAUCGUGGAUGUGCGGCGAGUGGAUGUGGGGGAAGGGGAUGAGGUGAAAUCACAGUGGACUGUUGCAAGACGAUAUUCUGAGUUCUAUGUCUUGGAGCAAAAGCUUUCAGAGUUUCAUGGAGAAUCUCUCGAUUGUCAAUUGCCAGCAAAGAAAUCCUUUGGCACAAAAAAUCAGAAUUUCAUGGAAGCAAAGAAAGGGGAUGUGGAAAGCUACUUACAGAAAUUGCUGACCAAGCCCCAGCUGAAGAAUAGUGAACUAUUGUACAACUUUUUAACCUCAGAGCAUGAAUUUUCAACUAGUUUCCUGCCAGAUAUUAAGCUUGGCAAGUAUGUAAAGACCAAGUUAGUGAAAGAGAAAGGUCAGCAUCUAGACGAAUUCCUGGUGAAUUUCUUAUCCUCAACCGAAGCUCCAAAACCUCGUCCAAGCAAGUUACCUCGGCGAGGUUCAGAAGCAUCUUUGCUGUCAACCUCUAGUGAUAAGUUCUCAGGCACUCACUAUGAGAACAACACAAACCUGGGCUUUUACCCCGCCGACUCCCACCCAGACUCAGUCCCACAUACCAAAGAAUUUGAUGGGGUCUUUGACUCGCUCAUAUAUAUUGCCAAGGAAGUGUACAAGUGUUCUUCAUUGGUGUGCCAGCUUUUGCUCACAGCAAGAAUCUUGUUCAAAGAAACUAUUGAGAGCUAUCUAGACUGGUAUUUGGACCGACGGAUAACCCAAGUCACCCAGGAACACCGCGUGGUUUUAUUGAUACAUUUACUCAGAGAUGUCCUCUUUUUUGACAAGGAUCCUCCAAGAACGGAUGAAGACAAGAAGCAAAGAUAUGACCAAGUAGUGAAAGAAUUUUUGGAAUUUAUACCAGGCCCAGUAGCUUCUACUAUUGGCGUCUCAAAGACUACAGAAGGAUGCACACUCCUGCUGCAAAUCUUCCAGCAACCAAAGCUCAAUAAGCAGAUGAGCUACAUGCUGCUGGACCUUGUCAUUCUGGAGCUGUUUCCCGACCUGUCCCUCCCUGUUCUUGAGAAGCCCAGAGAUGAAGAAUGAGAUGAUUUUUAACUUGUUUUAUUUAAGCUAACGCUGGGACCCCCAAACCUAGUGACUCCGGAAUGUAUGUCGACUGACUCCUCAUGCCACGCUCAAGGCUGCUUUUUCUGAACUGGGACCCGUGCAGUUUGAUGUCAUGUAAUUGCAACCAUAGCAUGUGUUACUGUAAAAUGUUAUGAGUGUACAGAGCUGUUGUUUACAGCUAAGAACUUUAGAAACUACCGAAGACAAAAGGUAAUCAGGAAAGCUGUUGUGAUCACACUGAACGGAUGGUUCUGAUUCAUUCACACAGGGAAUUCCUCUCUACUGUGUCCCAGUAGGCCCAGUGGUGCUGACUGGCCAAGUCGAAGCAGCUGGCAUCCUAAAUUAUCUAUGAUGUGUCAGUAAAUGCAGACAGCUACAGUGAGAAAUAUGAUACAUACUGGUAGUUAGUUUAUUUUCAACACGAGAAAUUUUCUUGUCUGAACGACUGGUGAUAAAAAAAGAUAAAAUGAUCUUUAUUUCCCGUUUCCCAAGAAAUUUGUUUUAGCAGCAUGGAAAAUAAAAACACUUUAAUUUACAUUUUCUGUGUAGAAAUGAAUUGAUAGACUUAGAGUAAAUACCCAGUGAAGGUACUGCACAAGCAGAAUGGUUAGGAAAUGUGUGGCAGAUUCAAAAUAUCCUGAAUGUUGUGUAUAGCUAUGACAAUAUUGCUUUUCGGGGAGGGAAGGAAUUUUUAUUUUCAUAGCAUGAAUUUAUGUACGAAGCGUGUUCAAAGCUUUUUAUAUCCUCAUGCCAGUGCAGAUAUUUUAAAAAGAUUUCAUUGUUGCAAAAUAAAAAUGACUCUAAGGCUUGUUUCUCUUGCCCUAAGUCUUGUAGCCUGAUGUGCAGGAAUUGACGGAAAGAUGUGGGCUUGUGCGACUGAAAUGCCAGACGCCACUUCAACUUGUAAUAAGUCCUGAAUCUUGGGACAAGAGCAUGGGUUGUGAAUUCUUUGCAGGUGGAUCAACAAAGCGUUGAUUGGUCUCAGUUUUUGUUUCUGCAAUCUGUUGUUCACGUUGAUAUUGCCUCAGCCUGUGGAUUUGUUGGUUUCCUUUGUCUUGUUGAGUUUUCCUUACCAAAGCUUAUGACUGCAAUUACGUGAAAGGACGGUGAGGAUGAAUGGAAAAGGAACAGGAAUGACAAAAUCUGAGAUUUGGAACUAGACUGAAGAUGAGUUUUUAUUGUUUUUUUAUAUGAAGUAUGAAGAGAUAUCUAUUGAGACUGUUAUGAAAGUUUCUUUUUCAUCUUGAUCACUAGAAAGCGAAAAUUGGAGGCAUAAAGUAUUGAUUUUCCUUCUGUUUUAUGUCAAGUAAAUGAAAUGCUGUGCAGUGAUGUGAUGGAAGUUCAAGCCCUGAGAGUUGUUGCUGUUGUUGCCGAGUCAAAAUUGAUUGAAAUAUUAUUUUGAACAUUAUGAGAAGCAUAAUGUAGCCAUGCUAGGACUGGAUGUGUUUGUCUGAUUUACUAAUAGUCUGUUGUUUAAACUCUGGAUGCUUGAAGUAGCUGAUGUGAGUUGACGACUCCAAGCUCUUCACAUUCAGUUAUUGAACAUUAGGUAUUUGUUGUUUUUGGGAGACCUUAUGCAAUGUGAUUUUUUUUUCAAAGAUGAGCAGAGGGGACAGUUAACAGCUAUACAAUCUGAUGAAAGAAUCUUAUUAAAAAGUUGUCUAGUCUUGUGUUGUUGUUGCUGUUGUUUUGGGAGUCCUCUGACAACAUGAUAAAGUCGAGGGGUUUGCCUAGUCCUGAUCAUCCAUGUAUUGGAUUGGCUCCAUGGAGAGUUGUGUUGCCUGUUGAACUCAUGAUGUUUUGUUUCUUUUUUCUGUUGCUCAUUUGAUAUUUUUCGUUCUUUUGUCUGUUGUACAAGUUAAUGUUUUCAUUAAAAUUCAUUCUUGUGUCUGUUCUACACAGUAUUUGAAUUUUCUUUAGCUGAUUACACACAUGAUGCUUUUCUUUCUUUUGCAUAUUGUACAAGAGACGUUUUUCUUUCCUUUGUAUGUUAUAUGAGUGAUACGUUAUUCUUUCUUGUGUCUGUUGCUCCAGUGAUGUCUUUCUUUUUUUUGUCUAUUUGGACAAAUGAUGGAUUUUUAUAGUGUGUCUCCUUGCCUUAGAAUGGCAGAAGUUGUGAAGUAAGAAUUAUGAUAUACAGGUUCAUACAAUUGGUUUUCAGUAUGUCAUUUUCAAGGUUUUUUUUAUCACUUUGUUACUAUUGUUUCAUUUGCAUAUUUCUAUGGUCUUAGUUUGUAUCAGCUAUAUUAACUUCUCAUCUGAUUUAAAGUUUCAGCAGAUGUUGCAAAUAGCACGGAACUGUUGAUGGGGCUGGAACUUUUCUUCACUAAUACUGAUACCAACAGUCGUGAAGAUGUUGAUUUGUGCAUGUAUUUGGAUUUAAUUUUUUUCUUGCACAAGGUCACUGCGCAAUAUGCGCUGCAUGUGCUUAUCUAUUCUGGCAGUUUUUUAUCCCGGAGGUCUGGAUCAAUAACAACAUCAGCCAUGAAGUGCUUUGAUGUUCUAGUAGGUUUUCAAGUUUGACCCAAGUCAAAGGAAUUCUACUGACACAAAUUUGUAGAAACUCAACCAAACUUGUUUUUGCCGAGUUGAAAACAGCUUCCGCCAAGAAUUCCAAUCUUUUCCAGUAAAGUUUCUUCUCAGCACCACUAUCAGUCAACCAAUUUGACCCACUCCAUGCUUUAUAUUAUAUUUUUGCUGUUAUCAGUUUAAUCAUUCUACUGUUGGUCUUCAUGGUCCAAGUACAACUUGACUUUCAAGUUCCUCAUUAGUGUCAUCAGGAUUGAGCUGAAAGAGACGGAAAUUUUGGGAUAUUCGUGACUCGGCCACAUUCUCUGCGGUAUACCUGCAGGUUACAAUCCACAGCCUCUGAUCUGUUUCAUUCCUCCAUACCUCUGCUGAUGAAAAAGGCUUUCUCCCCAAAAUCUGGGAUCAUUUUACCAAUUGUCUCUAACCCCCCCCUAGUCUAUACCUGUUUGAUAAAGUGGGGACAACUGUAGAACCUGAAAUUAAUUAGAGGCUUGUAUGCAUUAAAAGAAAUGGUUUCUGUCUAGUUAUAUUGAUGAUAAGAUUUAUCUUUAUUGUCCGGAUCCUGGCACAUUGGUAUGGUGUUUCACCAUGUACACGCGUACACACGCACACACAUGCACGCACACGCAGGCUUACAGUCACAUGCAUAAAAUGAAAAGUAUGUAGUAUUCAUCAAUUUCACUUAGGUAGUGCGUUAUAUUGGGGAGUUAAUACGUUUUAUUGUUGAGAGAAAUAUGACAUUUUGAUUUGGCAGUUUUAACAAUUCUAAUCUGAAUUUUCAGGUCACACAUGUAUUUAAUAGAUUUUUUAAGAGUUGAAGUUUCUAAUUAAAGUAUUUUAUUCACUGAUAUCACAUUUGCUCAUAAGUGUGAAAUUACAUGUACGCAUUGUAGUAUUUAUGUGUAGGAGACUUUGCGUCCUUUCAUUUCUUAAGAUUCUUACUUCUAUGAAGUCCUUCCCCUUUCAUAAGGUAUAGGCAUGCUUGUUGUGACAUGAGCAUAAAAGGGCUUUCCAUUCCUCUUUAAGUUCUUCUUGAUAUUGUUGAGUUUGUGUGGAAAUGCAAAUGAAUACGCUGCGUUGUGAAGAGCUAGUCAAUUAUUUCGAUGUUAACGUGUCACUGAUACGACCUGACAUGUUUCAGUGCGUAUGUGUGCAAAUUGUGAACAGCAAAGGACAUUUGUCUUUAUCAUUUUUUCCUGUUUUUCUUUUCAUUAAUGCUCCCACUGGUGUCUGUAGUGUAGGGGUUUAACGCAUCACCACUGCUUGCAGAAAAUGUAAGUUCGAUUCUCGUGUGCGGAGAAGUUUUUUCAAGUAUCUGUAUCUUUCUGCUGAGACGUUGUAUCCCUCUCAGCCUGUCAAACAUGAUGGAAGCAACUGUCUUCUAAAUGAUCUAAAUUGUGUGGAUGGGGGGGGGGGGGGGGGGAGUUAACCAUCUAUCAUAUCAGUACUUCUGGCCUGGUUUUCAUUCUCGUGAUAGUAUGGAUUUCAUCAUUUUCAACAUGUGCAAUAAUUGAUCACGUUUACUUAGUCUUGAAUUUUUGUUGUUGUUUGAAAUGCAUUGACAAUACUCCAACCCACCCUGAAGUUUUUGACUCUAUUGUAGUGAUUUGGUCUAAAACCGUUCUGUCUCUUUACUUUAAAGGCAUCAAUGCUUGGUGGCCAUUCUAUUUCAAAUUUCACAUGUAUAUAUACUGGUGAAAGUCUUGUAACACAACAAGCCUCAGCUUUUUCCAUCAUGUGGGCAGGAAGUGUACAUAUAUGAUGGACCUGCAACACUACCUCUUGAAUACACGCUCCCGCAAAUAUGGAGCACACAUAACUUGCCCAUGAUCUUUACUGCAUGCAAAAUAUCCUUGGUGCUUAAUAGAGGGAAUUGCAAGUGUGUAUUGUAUUCAAAUUGUCCCUGUGUUUCGUAAGCUUUGUGGUAAUUUAUUCAUGUGACACUUACAUACUGUAGCUGAAAGUACACUCCUCCUAUAAGGGACCAGUUUCUCCAGUGUUUUACUUUUGAGAGAAAUGGGUAAUGUUUCUGAAAAAGAAAAGCACAAAAAGAAAUAUUAGUGAAAAUAUGAGAAUGCAUGUUGACUAUUUUUUGGAGCGCAAUGAUAAUGGAAAAUGUGUGAGCUCCCAUUUUCCCCUAUCUUUCUUUCCUGUUUAUGCUUCAAUCUGCUUGACGUAAGUGUGCCUAACUGCUGUUGUCAAUGAUGUGCCUAUAUACCUUUGAUUCCUCAUGCAGAAGUUUUAUUCUUGGUCAGUACUCAUGAAGUAGAAUACACUGUUAAAUGCUUCAAGGCAAUGUUGUUUGAUACUCGGCAUUCUUGUUCGUUUUCACGUGAUUUUAAAGUUUGUGUUUUUGCAAGCAAUCAUAAGGCAUUUGAAUUGUCUAACAACUGUUAUUUUGUUUUGUGGCAGGUUUCAGUUUCUUUGUGUCAAAAUUCCAAUGUCAUGUUACAGUCAAGAUCUAUUUUUUCAUAGUUCCUCCUUUUUGUUGUUUUAAUAAUUUUCCUAAUUCUAUGAUGUGGAGGGGAUGCUAGCAAAGUAAAGCACUUUCAAAACCCAAGUGGUAGGCCAGGGUGAAGGCACUGAGUGGUUUCUGUCACCUGUUGUACACGAAAUGUGCAUUGUGCUGAUGUGCCAUCAGUCAUACUGUACCUAUAUUAUGGUUGUGAACUUGUGAAGGUUCAGCUUUGCAAAUCUGACCUAACAGCUAAAUGAAAUUGUGAAUUUUUAAAAAUGUUUGUGGCGAAAGCGAAGAUUCAAAAUAACUGAAGGUCAGCUUGAUAAGAAAGUACCAUACACAAGUUUGUUUUAUGUUGGUUCCCCCCCCCCCUCCCCCCAGUCCUUUUUGUAGCAAAUGUCUUAAAACUAAAACUAGAUAUGUGCUAACUAUAAUUUUACAAAUUCCUUUUACUUUUCAGAUCUGAUACUACGGGACAUCAGAUUUCUUAAAUUCCUCAAAACAGAACAAAAAAUGUCAUUCACUGGGCCUUACCCUCAUGCAGAGGUAACUGGAGAUUUUCUGCCUAUUGAUACUAUAACCCUUUGGUGACCUAUAUGAAGUUUACCAUUCAUCAUUUUUUCUUACCCGUCGGACAAGCCAAGAUACUACUGUGAAGUACAGCAUUUGUCAUGCCUUGCGAAGUGUGAGGACAUUGGUGACAAAUGCUGUACGUCAUAGACUAUAUUCUGCAUGUUUCUUCUAUUAGAUGCAUUUCGUCAAAUUAAUUGCAGAUUCGCUUUCGGGAAUAUUUUUUACGUUAAAAAAAAUCUAUUCCACAUAGAUAUAGUUAGCAGUAUUUGAAAACCAGGUCUAAUUAUUGGAAAGUGACCACUAAAUCUAGUACUGCUUUGUGUCCUUGGGGAUCCAAAACUGUGCCCGGUGAAGCACGAACUGACCCUGUGCUACGAAGGAGUUAAGCAGUUUUUCCUUAGAAGAUUGCUGUCUUGCUGUUCCUCUUUCCUCUUGAGUCACUGUCUAUUUUGUUUGAAAAAAAAACAACAGCUUAGAGCAUAACUUCACUCUAAUUGAAAAUGCUCUUUUUGUUUUUGUUGAUAAUGGAGGAUUUAUAGUUCUAAUUAUCCAUUUUGAAAAAAGCAUAAUUGUUGAUACGACUGAAUCAGAGCUGGGAAGUCUGUUGUGCAGGGAAUAGUUCUGUGUUCGUUUUUAAUACCCAUGAAAUCAUAAUUUGGCUCUUUGUCUAGUGUUUCUCAUCUUGUAUUCAUUAACUGAAUUGCUUUCCUUCAGUUUUUAAACGCCAUCACAUUUUAAUGGAAUGAAUGAUGCCUGCGCAGAUUCGGUUGUUAUGUAACCUAAAUUUACAUUUAUUGCAGUCUAAUUUUCGCAACUGGUCAUUUUGUUACAAAAUGUGUGGCAUUGUUGUACAUGUAUUCUGUUUCCCAAUUAUCACUGUUGGGAACAGGUUAUGUGAUAAGUUAGUUCCUGGUUCUUUAUGCCAAGUCAAGUUUAAAUGCAUUGGCAUUGCUAUGUGCAUUUGGUACUGGUAUAGAAGCAUUAAUUUUACACUGUCUUUGCUUGUAUUGGGAAUGUGGAAUAAUCCUUUCUUGUUUUGUUUGGCAGAGGGUUGUUUUUUUUUAGUAUAGACUCUUAUCUUCUGCAGUAUCUGCAUUUCAUCUCUUGGUUAUAUAAAAAAUAUGUAAUAUAAUAUAUAUCAAUAUAUUAUAUUCUGUAAUGCUACCAAAGUUGUGCAAGAGCAAGUCAAAAUGUUUUUGCUUUUGAGAAUGUUUUGACAUGAUGAAUUUUGAAAGUUUUGAAUGUUUUUGUAUUCCUAAGUCUGAAACGAGAAAAGGAAUCAUGAUAAAGAAUUGUGGUUUGAUAAAUAAAACUUUGAAAUGUAUGAUUAUAAUUUUAAUAGUGUAUUCAUAGAGAAGAUAGAGAAAAUAAAAGGGUACGCUAUUCUAGUGUUCAGAAAUAUACAGGAAACAUCUUUUGUUAGCUGAAAACGUAAUUUAUAAUUUGAGGCUGCUUUGGGCUACGCUCUUCAGACGAGAGCAUUAUUUAUUUUGAUCCUUGGGGGGGAAAAAAAAGAAGGGAAGACGGGAAGCACCUUUAAAUUUAAUAAAUUUAGUCUGCACUUUUUUAAAACUUGGAGUUGAUACACAAUUUAAGGACAAAGAACAAUAAAAUUCAGUAGUUUUGUCCUGCUAAUGGAAGCUGUUGUCUAUUUUUAGUUGAAUAACAUGAACCCGUUUUUUAAAAAUGCAUUUGGGUUGGUUUCGUUUUGGGGUUGUUUUUUUUCACUCUUGAUGAGAUUUUCUGAAGUCAAAGUCAAAGGAAGUAAAUUGUGGGUUUUUUCAGGAGUGUGAAAGAGGAAGUUCAGUGCAGAAUGGUUGUGUCAAAUGUCUGUUUGUAUGAAGCUGACUUGUGUUUGUCAAAUGUCUGUUUGUAUGAAGCUGACUUGUGUUUGUCAAAGGCAUGUUGUGUACAAAAUGUGUUGCGCAUGAAAAAGCUUUCUAUGGUGAAUUAUUUUGCCUCUCUGCACUGUGUCUGUGCUCAGUUCAGCAAUGUUUUCUUUCAAAAUGUACUAACUUUUCUAGAAGUAUAUUCCAAAGUAGGCUAAAGAUAAAGAUAUCUCAAAUCCAUUUUAAACAUUGGGUGCCUCUACUGAAUUUUACACAUUAACAUGCUCCCAUCUUUGGUAACUGUAAAGACGUCUUGUUCCUCUUCUCUUCAAGUUCCAAUUUGUCUAUCUCAUGUGCCCUGGGUGCUUAAAGCUUGUCAUCCUGCUAGACUAGCGAGUGCUCAGUUAAUCGUUUUUCUACAGUUAAGUAGUUUUGCUGAUUGCCUGGUUGCUACCUACAGAUGAGAGAACUGAGAAAAAUAAAGAGAAAUUAUAACAUUUAUUGCACAUUUAGCAAGGAUGUAACAUCCUGCCUGAUGGAGAUAAAAAGACUUGAACCCGAGAUCUCAUUAUUGCGAGUCUGUUGUGUUGUCCUCUUCUUCGUGAAAGUUCUCUUUGGGAAACUGUUCUGUGUUUAACCCCUACAACUUUGGCCACAAUAUAGUUCAUCAUAAUCUGAACUCUAAAAGUGUUGUGGGAAUGUUGCUCUUAAUUAUUCCACGGACUUGUCCAAGUAUGUGAUAAAGACUACAUUGUUCUUAUUCUCUCCCAUGCUUGUUGUGUUUUUGUGUCCUGUUUCAAUCAGUCAUUGAUCAUUGACCACUUUCAUCUCACAAUAAAAUCUAAAUUUUACUUCUAA